UUGGAAGCUAAAAACAGAAUUGUACGUACUACUUGUACAAUGGGUUUCUUAGGAACUGUUGCGAGGAAUUUCGAUUCAUUAGUUGGGCCUGGAGUGAUGCUGCUUUAUCCAUUAUAUUCUUCUAUGAGAGCUAUUGAGAGCCCUUCAACCCUAGACGAUCAGCAAUGGCUGACAUAUUGGAUUCUCUACUCUUUUAUCACACUUUUUGAGCUGUCUUGCUGGAAAGUUCUAGCUUGGUUUCCACUUUGGCCAUACAUCAAACUUGUAUGUUGCAUGUGGUUGGUAUUACCAAUCUUUAAUGGAGCUGCUUAUAUUUACGAGAAUUUCGUGAGGAAAUAUGUAAAGAUUGGGGGAGUGGUGAAUGAUAAUUAUCCUGAAGAACACCGGAAGGUUAUUCAGAUGAUGAGCCUCGACGCCAGGAAGUCCGUCGAGCGAUAUAUUGCGAAAAAUGGACAAGAGGCCUUCGAUCGGGUUAUCAAAGCGGCUGAGAAGGAAGCAAAGAGACGCUAGAGAGAUAGAUCAAUUCUUUACUUUAUAUAUGCUCCUCCUACUGUGCAAUUUAUUGAGU